GGCCGGCCUGGGCUGCUCCUGGAGAGGCCGUGCCGGGUGAGCCCGAGUGCCGGGAGGGUCGUCUGUCCGGAGAGCGGGCGGAGAAGCGUCGGAUGGAGGAUGUGUCCUGCCUGAGCCGCGGGUACGGCAACGUGGGUGGUGUUCCCGUGUGGUUCUUCCGACGUGACCCGUGGGCCGUCAGGCCAGCCGAGCCUUUCAGGUGAAGUCUCCAGAGAUCCUCUCGGGGCCAGCUCCUCGCUGGAGUUGCCAUUCCCCUCUGGAGUGGAUCUGUAACUGCGGGUGCUGGGGAGUCCGGGGGGCAGUUUGGUGCCUUGGGGAUGUGGCCAACUGAGGUGGAAGUCCCAGAUGGACACCGUGAAAAAGCGUAUGCUGAGCGGGCGACGUGACAAUCUAAGCAGGUCUGGAGGCCACAGCAGAGCUCAGAAGGACUUGGUAUUUUGUGCUUCUGCAAAAAAAAGGGAUGGUGCCGAUGGUAGCAAUGAAGGCCAGAUGGCACGUGGCAGAGAUAAGUCUUCUCAUAAAAAUGAAGGUCUGUCUGAUGAUGAACUGGAGGAGUAUGAUCUGGACAAUUACGAUGAAGAGGAAUACGCAGGUGAUUUAAAACUUGAAGACUCUUUGGCUGCUUUGGCAGUGUAUGGGAGCAAUGAUCAGGAUCCUUACAUCACUCUAAAAACCACUGAUCAAUAUGAGCAGGAGGACUUUUUGAUUAAGCCCAGUGACAAUCUUGUACUUUGUGGCAAAGUUGAUAAAGAUUACUGUAGUUUGGAGGUCCAUGUUUACAAUCAUGAAGAGAACUCAUUUUAUGUACAUCAUGAUAUUAUCUUGCCUGCUUACCCUCUGUGUCUGGAGUGGUUGAAUUUUGAUCCUAGUCCCGACGAAUCACUAGGAAAUUAUGUUGCAGUGGGUAACAUGACCCCGGUUAUUGACAUUUGGGACCUUGAUAUAGUGGAAUCCUUAGAACCAGUCUUUUCUCUUGGAGACAAGAAAAAGAAGAAAAAGAAAGGGAAGAAAAGUUUAUCUUCAGAAGGGACAGCAAAAGGACAUACUGAUGCUGUGCUUGAUCUUUCAUGGAAUAAACAAAGCAGGAAUGUUUUAGCAAGUGCGUCUGCUGACAAUACUGUGAUUUUGUGGGAUAUGUCUGUGGGUAAGCCAGCAGCCAGCCUGACGCUACAUACGGACAAGGUCCAGACAUUGCAGUUUCAUCCGUUUGAAACUCAGACGCUUAUUUCUGGAUCUUACGAUAAAUCAGCUGUGCUGUAUGACUGCAGAAACCCACAAGAUAACCAUCGAACAUGGCGGUUUAGCGGUCAGGUUGAAAGAGUAACCUGGAAUCAUUUUUCACCUUGUAAUUUCUUAGCAAGCACAGAGGACGGCUUUGUGUACUGUCUGGAUGCUCGUUCUGAUAAGCCGCUGUUUACUCUGAAAGCGCACGAUGAAGAGGUGUCAGGGCUACAGCUAAGCAGUCAGAUCAAAGGGUGCCUUGUGACAUCGUCUGCUGACAAAUACGUGAAGAUUUGGGAUAUCCUGGGAGACAGACCAAGUUUAAUCCAUUCCAGGGCUAUGAAAAUGGGUGUUCUGUUUUGUGCAGCCAGCUGCCCUGACUUCCCCUUCGUUUUUGCCUUUGGAGGAGAGCGGGACGGGCUGCGUGUCUGGGAUAUAAGCAAGAUUUCUGCAGUGAACGAAGUUUUUGGAAACAGAGAGAGACAUGUUCUGGCAAGUGCCAGCUCCGUGGCUUCCAGCUCCACAGCCGGCAGUAGCAGCAACGAUUCGGAGACAGCAAUGGAAUCAUGACGGCUCAAACAUCACAAAAUCAAAGUAAUUAAUGGGACUACGACUAAUGUGUAUUCUACAGAUCCCCCUGUUUGGUGAGAGUUCAUAGAAAUUACUUGACUGUCUUGCAAUCCACAGGCUUCUUCAUCUCAGACAAAGAAACACGGUGAUGUGGUUAAGCUCUAAAUCAGCAGUUCCAAGUUCCUGCCUCUAUUACCGGCUUUGAAAGAUGAAGUCACUUGCUUUUGCCAGAGAUUAGAAACAGGGGCCACCACGUGUCAAGUUGAUAUAAAAAUGAAAUAGUCAGAAGAGCGUCCUGCUGCUACCAGAAGUUUGAUGAAUACUGCAGGAAGGUCAAUAGCUUCGAAGGGCAUCAGGAAAAAUACUUCAGACAGCGGUUGCCUAAUAAAUAACCAAACAAAAGCUGAAUGAAAUGACAAGUGUAAAUAGAUAAUUUAGCCUUAAUUUGAGGCUAGAAUUACAGAUUUCUAAUACGUAUUUUAAAAGUUCUUCUCUGUAACCUGUUUAAGUCUAUUUCGUAGGCACUAAGUUGGAGUCCCGAAGUAGAACCUUAAAAUGUGUUUCUACCACCUCAACUCACCGAUAUCAAACCAGAAAUAUCCCAGCUCUGUCCCAUCAAGGGUUUCUUUUCCCGGGUUCCACAGCACCUGAAGCUUAUAGAUGUUGCAUGUGUAUUGGGUUUUUCUUAAAGCUCCAAAUGUAAUAUAUAUAUGCAAAGAGAACGUGAACUGAAAUAAGGAACUACUACUUGGGCGAGGACGAGAGGCUGUCAGGACACGAAGUGAGGGUAGGGAUCUCAGCUGGUCACUGUUGCUGGGGAAAGCUGUCCAUGUCACGUGCUCAUGUUCUUAACUCCACCCAGGCAUUUCUGCCUGAAACCUGAAGGCACAGAGGAACAUUUCGAGUAUCAGCCUAACCACUGACUUUUGAACACCUCAUUUAAAGCAUCGGGAACCUAGUCAAGUAAUGUGACUGAAUUUCCUCACAUUUAAAAUGAACACCCAAGUGCCUUACCCCAGGCCAGAAGUCAAAUGGUACUCGUAGCCUGUGGAGCGCGUGGAAGGUGGACAACCACUGGAAGGUCUCUGUUGAAGUGCUGCUGCUUUAAAAAUGCCCGGGGUAUUAAAACAACUGGUGUCAAAGCAGCCGUAGUGUCAGCGCACGUAGCUGACAAGAUCUUACCCACUGCUUUCCACCCUAGCUGAUUGUAACUCCUUCUGCUGAGGUAAAGCAGGUAACUUUUAUCAGUACAACCUGCAGGUGGCGGAAAAGGCAGGGCUGUAGGUUUCUUUCCCAUCCCUUGAAGUAAGUGGCUGCUUCUAAAUCCAGUUUAGCUGUUUCCAGUCUGGUGACAGGUGUUUUGCAUGGCACUGCAGGAACCAAGAAUCAAUCCUUUCUCUGCCAAGCAAUAGUGAACAGUGUGGACAACAAACGAACGACGUCUUUUUUGAAGCUUAAGAACCUCUGUUCAAGUCUUUUCUACUGAAAAGCUGCAAGUUUUUCAAAGCUUUAAUUUGAAAUAAAGGCUUCGUGUUAAGCUCUU